AUGGACCGAACCAACAUAAUUCUUCUUUCUCUACUACUUUGUCUUCAGACUCAUAUCUUACCUGUGCAAUGUGACUCCAUAAUCGGAUACACCGUCGCAGAUGGAACGACCGAAACGUUCAGCUGCCCGAGCCCAGCAUCUUUCCGCACGACGCACACCUUCUCCGGAGACACAGACACAUACGCCCAUUGUGACUAUUUUACUGCCGAAGCGGGUAGCAGUUUCGAAUAUCGAGUCGGCACAUACUGUGAUGGCAAUACGGCCCUGUUCACCCACUGGACAGCAGAAGGCUCCGGCACCUCGUCUUCGAUGAUCAGCGAUGGGGAUUGUGUGGCCGUACGAUUAUAUGAUUACCACGACGAUUUAGAGGGACUUCGAUGGCUGGUCAGCUGCAAUGACUCCAUUGGUGUUCCAACUAGCAUUAGUACUUUGUUCAUGGAACAUCCAACAGACUGGGAGACUGAGACCGAAAGCUCGACAACUGAAAGCGAGUCAUUGAUCACUGUGACAGUAGGCGCAUCCGCCGCAUCUUCAACAGAAACUGAGACUAGUCCAUCCGCCACUGUUCCGUCACGACCAUCGGAGCCUGAAGAAACAGAGAGUUCCACUGAAGAAGUGACCAAGGACGGUGGUGGGCCUAGUGGGGGCGUCAUUGCUGGAGCUGUAGUCGGCUCAAUCGCAGGCGUUGCGUUCAUCAUAGGUGCCAUCAUCUUAGCUUUUAGGAUGGGAAGAAGAAGUCGAGAUGAUACCGAAGGACCAGAUGGUGGCUUUAGAGAUUCAAUGAGGUUUAUCCCAAUGCCAACCGCCGCGGGGAAUCAACCUGAGCCUAAACCCCCUGUUCCGGUCAUCCAGCCAGUCUUUGUACAGGACAGUCACCUGUCUGGGAACAACAGUUAG